CGUCGUGACAUCAUGGCGAAGCUGACGUGGACAGGGCGAAGCAUCACGCAGCUAUCGCUGCACCGCCGCCGCACGAACAUCGGCAACCUGGAGUAUGGUCUGGAGCAUGUCCCGUUCCUGCUCCUGCAUGCGUACAACCUCUUUUGGUGCUACCAGACCAGCGGCCAACCCUACGCGAUCGCGUUGGAAGAGCUCGAGGAGUCGGGGUUCGACAUCCAGCGCAUUCUCAAUCCCCCAACUGACGAAGUCCUGGCUGGUCUUGCCGCAUCGGCGCUCUCUUCGGCAUCGGCGGCGGGCGAUGCCACGGGUGCUGACGACGUGCAGAUUCCCCCGCUCCCGAACCCGUUCUUGCCUGGGAUUGCACCCCUCUUGUGCCUCCUCGCCGUGCUUUGCUUGCACAUCCUCAUGCGCCUCAUGCAAGUAUGGUCGACGCGCGUGCUCACGUUCAUCAAGUACACGCCCGUGGCAACUUUGUCGGAUGCGACGUUCGUCAAGGUCGUGCCGCGCGCGUACCGUGGAAAGAGCGUCAUCGUGCCGCUCGAGCAGCAUGUGCUCAGCACCGGCGAGAAGAGCGCGCCGUUCUUCAUGUUCCAGAAGCACAAGUAUGUUGGCGAGCAAUCCAAGGACGACGGCAGCAUCUGUUUCCGCAAGCUCAAAGCGCCCGUGACCGCCACCGUCGCGACAUACGUCAACGCGACGGGCGUGGCCAGCGACGCCGCGUACAACCGCAUGUUGGACUUGUACGGCCACAACGAGUUCAGCAUUCCGCAGCCCACGUUCAUCAAGAUGUACCAGGAGCAGCUCGUGGAGCCGCUGACGGUGUUCCAGAUCUUCUCGGUGCUGCUGUACAUGUUGGACGAGUACUGGCAGUACUCGCUCUUCACGUUGGUGAUGAUCCUCAUGUUUGAGGGGGUGACAGUCUUCUCCCGGCUCAAGAACCUCCAGACGCUGCGGGGCAUGGGCAACGCCCUGCGUACGGUGUAUGUGUUCCGCCACGGCGCAUGGAUCGAAGCAUGCACGUCGUCGCUCGUGCCGGGUGACGUAGUGUCCCUCAAGCGCAACCUUGACGGCGACAACACCGUCCCGUGCGACUGCCUCCUUCUGCAGGGCAACGCCGUGGCCAACGAAGCCACGCUCACGGGUGAAAGCGUGCCCCAGAUGAAGGAAGCGAUUGGCCAAAAGAUGAGCGCCGACGACUUGGCUGCGUCCCUCGACAUGAAGACCCACCACAAGGUGCAUCUGCUGUUUGGGGGGACCACCAUCAUGCAGCACGACGGCCACACCAACGUCACGACGCACGCGGUCGUGCCCCCCACGCCCGACAACGGGGUACUCGUGUACGUGUUGCGCACCGGGUUUAGCGCAUCCCAAGGCAAACUCGUGCGCAUGAUUGAGUACUCGAGCGGCAAAGUCACUGGAAACUCGUGGGACGCGGUGGGACUCGCGGCGUUGCUAGUGUUCUUCGCGCUAGCCAGUUCCGGCUACGUGCUGCGCGAAGGCUGGGCUCGCAAGGGGCGCGUGACGUUUGAGCUCAUUCUGCGCUGCGUGCUCAUCAUCACGAGCGUGGUGCCGGCGGAGCUGCCCAUGCAGACUGCUAUGGCCGUGAAUACGGCGCUGCUGGCAUUGGUGCGUCUGUCUAUCUUUUGCACCGAGCCGUUCCGCAUUUCGCUGGCCGGCAAGGUGGACAUUUGCCUGUUUGACAAGACGGGCACGAUUACCACGGACCAACUCACGGCUGUGGGCGUCGUCUCCAACGACCGCAGCCGAAACGAUUCGAGCGCCAUCGAGCCCCAUCAGCCCAUGCUCCGUUCGCACAUCGACGCGUGUCUGGUUCUAGCGGGCUGUCAUUCGCUGGUCGAAAUCGACGGCAAGAUGAUUGGCGACCCCGUCGAAGAAGCGUCUCUCCGCGCGAUUGACUUCACCUACGACCCCAAGACCAAGCAAUGCUCGCCCAAUGCCAAGUCGGACGUGCGGGGAUGGAACGGAGUCGGCGACACCAACAACGUCAAAGUGCACAUUCUGCACCGCAAUCACUUUGCCUCCAAGCUGCAGCGCAUGAGUGUAGUCACCAAGAUUCAAAUCGGUGGCACCACACGCCUUCGCGUGCUGGUCAAGGGCAGUCCCGAGGCGAUCGCCAAACUGUCCAAGGACGUACCCGCGUGGUUCUGGCCCACGUACGAAGACAUGGCUCGCCGGGGCAUGCGCGUGCUGGCGCUGGCAUUCCGCGACGUCGAGCCCAAUGUGUCGGAGAACGAUCUGGCCCACAAGUCCCGCGAAUGGGCUGAGAGCAACCUCACGUUUGCCGGAUUUGCAGCCUACCAAUGUCUCGUGCGCAAGGACAGCGCGGACAUUCUCAAGCAACUCAAGGACAGUUCCCACACGGUGGCCAUGAUCACGGGGGACUCGACGCUCACGGCGGUGCACGUGGCCAAGGAGGUGGGCAUCAUCACGCGGCCUGCGCUCAUGCUGUCGGGCAGCGACGUGCUCUUUGAGUGGAAAAACUCUGCCGACGACACGCCCGUGGCCACAUACGAGGGCCAAUCGGUGGCCACGUUGGCCAAAACGUACGACUUGUGCAUGGACGGCGCGGCGCUGGUGCGCGCGGACGACGUGAACGGCGGCGUGUGGAAGCACUUGGAGCUGAUCCGAGUGUUUGCGCGCAUGACGCCCGAGCUCAAGGAGCGCGUGCUGACGUCGCUCAAGAGCUGCGGCCACUUUACGCUCAUGUGCGGCGAUGGCGGCAACGACGUGGGGGCACUCAAGCAGGCGCACGUAGGGGUGGCUUUGCUGAGCGGGUUCGGGUCGGCCAACGCAGACAAGACCAUCACAGGAACCGCCAAGCCAAAGGUUAAAGUGGAAACGGUCGAUGCGACGCUGUCCAAGGAUGGGCUCUUGAAGCUGCAUGCGUCGGUGCUGAGAAAGAAGCUCGUGGCGCUCAAAGUCGAGCAGGACCAUGCGACGAUGAACAAGGACCAGCUGGUGGAGCUACUGCUCGUGGAACAAGCCAAGUCGCAAAAGAAACUCAACCCGUUUGGCCCGCUCUCCCCCGAGCAGCGCAAAGUACUUCAGCAGCAACAGCAAGCCGAGAUCGAGGUCGACGUCAAGGCCCGAGAGGCUCGCGGCGAGUCGUUUGCACGCAUCAAGGCACUGGCGGCGUUUGCGCAGCGACAGAAGGAGGCGGCGACCGCAUAUCAGAACGAACGCAAGGCCAAGGGCGGCAGUCAGUUUACCCAGUUUGCCAACAACGCCGUGAUGGCGCAGUACAUGGAGGACUUUGACGAGGGCGAGCUGCCGAUGGUCAAGCUCGGCGACGCGUCGAUCGCGUCGCCCUUCACAAGCCGCGCGCCGUCCAUCAAGGGCUGCGUCGACAUCAUCCGCCAAGGCCGGUGUGCCCUCGUCACAACCGUGCAAAUGUACCAGAUUUUGGCCGUCAACUGCCUCAUCAGCUCGUACUCGCUGUCCGUGCUGUACCUGGACAAGGUCAAGUACGCCAACUCGCAGAUGAUCGCGCUGGGUAUGAUGGGCACGGUGGCCAGCGUGACGCUUUCCCGCGCGACGCCGCUAGCCGAGCUGAGUCCGGUGCGUCCAAUCGCGUCGAUCUUUCAUCCAGCGCUGUUUUCGAGUCUGAUUGGGCAGUUUGCCCUCCAUUUGGGGGUGAUGGUGUACUCAACCAACCUGGCCAAGGAGUACACUGUUGAAGGCGAUACGCGCCACCAGUCGCACAUCAAACCCAACUCGUUCGAGCCGAACGUGAUGAGCACCGUCAUCUUCCUUGUCAACGGCAUCCAGACCAUCAGCGUGUGCGCCGUCAACUACAAGGGCCGCCCGUUCAUGAAGAGCAUGACGGAUAACCCGGGGCUUCUCUACUCGCUCGGCGUGAGCCUUGUGGGAGUGUUUCUGCUCUGCACGGAAGCCAUGCCCUUGUUUAACAAGGUGCUCGAGAUUGUGCCCAUGCCCGACCCGAGGUUUGCGCAGAUUUUGACUGGCAUUUUGACGCUGGACGUGGUCGGCGCGUUCGCGUGGGACCAGCUGUGCCUGGUUGUGUUUGCGCCCAAGAUCUUCAUCGCGUCGUUCCAGUCCAUCACGGGCCGCGACGUCAAGCAGAUGGUCAAGAUGCUCGUGAUUGCACUCGGAAUCAUCUACGUCGUGGCCAACAUCGACUAUGAUGAGAUUGAACGGCAGCAAAAGUUAGCCGAGCUGGCGGCGGCGUCCACGCCGUUUGUCGAGACCAUUUCGAGUUAGUUGGGGCAAUAUUACACACAUAGAUAGACGACGACCGACGGGUAGGGAGAGACGAGUAAACCUUUUGCAUGAAUAGUACUGUAUACCAACGUAACGAACUACCUUCAGUAGAUACGUUGCUUGGGC